AUGCUCAGGACAGCUUCGCAGCGAGUGGCAUCAGGGGCAUCAACUGAAGCAGCAAGCGCGUGCAUGCGGAAUACUUCACAUGCCGCUGCUGCGCUAGCCAUAGCGCUAGGGGCGCAUCGCCUAUUGUUUCUCCAACGACGCCAUCGCGCGCUAGGGAUGAACGGCUGCGGUGAGGCCGCAGGCCCGUACUUUCAGGCGCUGCAAUGCGGCCGCGCCUUUGUGAAGUCACGCUCGCUGUCUCCAGAUGACCCGUUUGGUGAGCGCAGUAGCUGGGAAGACCCAAGCGACGGCAUCUACUCUGCCUGGAAGGACGUCGAUCAGGAGGGUUUUGUGAAGGCUGCUGACAGUCGGGAGGUGCGCGAGGCGCACUUCGGUCCUGAGUGGGCGCGUUUCAGCACGGUGGGUCGUAUGUCUGUCAAGAAGAUGCGAGCAGAUCAGAAGCUGCAUCAUGCGCCCCAGUCAGAGGCAGCUGGUGGUGAGCCACAGGGCGCUGGAGUAGCUGUGGCGGCGUCCGGUUCUUCGACUGAGCGCUGCCCCACAACAGAGGAGCUGCACGAGGCAGACUUGAGACAGCGGCGCCGAUUGCUGGAGCGCAACUACAGCAGCUAUGAGGCCUUUGUGGAGCACGAAAUUGGUGGCGGUGAUGGGUUUGCAGGGACUAAUGAGGAUCUGACCUCCGUGUCAGAGGCAAGGAUGCACCGAAGUGGCGCCAAGGCAGAGCUGUACUCAGCCGCGUCGAUGGAGAGCGCAUUCUCGGCUGUGGAGGGUCUUGAUGGACGCGAUCGUAUGACUCAGCGCAACGUAGAGCGUGAGGCACUAGAGACAUUGGAGGCAGCCGAGGUAGCAGAAAGGGUGCCGCUGCCGUCUUUCAUGUUCGACCCGGACAUCCGUGACGAUGCUACGACAUCCGCACUAUCGUUGACGAACCCGAUCCCCACCAUUACCUCAGCGUCGACGGCAGCAGAGAUCAGCAGAUCAACGGCGGCGACAGGUUUCUUUGCCGAGGAACCAUGCUCGACGACCAAUUCUUCUUCGGAGCUGACCGUGCCUUCUGUGUCCGCAACCGCAGGUGGCAUCCCUGCCAACGUUGUACGGCAAGUGCUGGGGGUUCUCGGUAGCCCACAUGGUGACUCCCGCCUCCCCCUCACCGAUCCCAUGGAGUGGGGCACAGAAGACAUAAUACUGUUUCUAACCCUUAUGGAGAAGCCGUCCCGCUCUGUCGAAGCCGGCAGCUUGCCAGCAUUAUCGGCAUGCUCUACGAUGGACGACGCCAUGUGUGGCACAUUCCGCAUGGCACGUGUGACAGGUGAGACGUUGCUGAACGUGGUAGUGCCGCCUCGUUUGUUUCGGCUCAUGCGCCAGUGGCACGUUCGCCGGCAGGAUGUGGUGAACAAGGCCUGGAAGCUGCGCGGACAGGCGAUGAGAACACCCGCGACGGCAACGGAUGGUCAUUUACCUGGUGAUGUCGUACAGACGGCCGUGCUGCAGGGCUGCGAGCGGCUGGAGGAGGUGGUGCAGCAGCUGGACUGCACCCUCAUUCAGGAAACCAUUCUUCUCUGUUUUCCAUACGGUCAUUGA